AUGAAGCUCCAAGAUAUGGAAAGCUCCCAGAGUGCAACCAACAGCUCAAGACUUCAAGUGUCUAAGUUCCUCCUCCUGGGGCUCCCAGGCAUUCAUGAGUGGCAGCACUGGCUCUCCCUGCCCCUGGCUCUGCUCUACCUCUUAGCUCUUGGUGCCAAUCUCCUCAUCGUGAUUACCAUUCACCAUGAGCUUAACCUGCACCAGCCCAUGUAUCAGUUUCUUAGUAUCCUGGCUGGAGUGGACAUUGGCUUGGCUACUACUAUCAUGCCCAAGAUUCUGGCAAUCUUCUGGUUUGACGCCAAAGCCAUCAGCCUCCCUGAGUGCUUUGCCCAAAUCUAUGCUGUUCACUGUUUUAUUAGCAUGGAGUCGGGCAUCUUCCUCUGCAUGGCUGUGGAUAGAUAUGUAGCCAUCUGCCACCCACUUCAAUACUCCUCCAUAGUUACUGAUGGUUUUGUGGUCAAAUCCAUAGUAUUCAUGGUGCUCAGGAAUGUCCUGUUGACCAUCCCAGUGCCUAUACUGGCUUCCCAGAGACACUACUGCUCCAACAAUGAAAUUGAACACUGCAUGUGCUCUAAUCCAGGGGUCACCGGUCUGGCCUGUGAUGACACCACCAUUAAUAGGUUUUAUCAGCUGGCCUUGGCCUGGGUCAUUGGCGGAAGUGACAUGGCUCUAGUCUUUGUCUCCUAUGUUCUGAUCUUUCGCUCUGUGCUGAGACUGAACUCUGCUGAGGCAAUAGUCAAGGCUCUGAGCACCUGCAGUUCCCAUCUCAUUCUCAUCUUCUUUUUCUACACAACCAUUAUUGUAGUGUCUAUCGCUCACUUGGCAGGAAAAGCAGUUCCAAUCUUCCCUGUUCUUCUUAAUGUGCUUAACAUUGUCAUCCCCCCAGCCCUUAACCCCAUGGUGUAUGCUCUCAGGGCCCAGGAACUCAGAAUCGGCUUCCAGAGGGUGCUUGGGUUAGAUGGGAACGUGUCUCAGAAGUGA